AUGUCCGGCGCACCAUCCAGACUCAGGAGCGUCCUGAACCACCUCCUUCCUCAUGGACAGCCAGCACAUCACAUCCACAACCUAACGCCUACCGUCUUCCUUGAACGGGCUGCUGCCAUUGAGCCUGAAGCCGAGGCCAUUUUCCACAUUACCGCCAAUGGCAAGACACUCAGGCGUUCCUACAUCGAGUUCGCCGAUCGUGCUCGUGGUCUCGCCUACUACCUGCGCAAGCGCGGCUACAAGCGCGUAGGCCUCCUGGCCCCCAACACCCCGGCCUUCCUUGAGUCUGUUUACGGUAUCGUAGCGGCUGGCGGUGUCAUUGUGCCUGUCAACAUCCGCUUGAAGCCUGAGGAUAUCACCUACAUCUUCGAGUUCGCGGAGGUCGAUUCCAUCAUCGCCGAUGCUGAGUACGCCCAUCUGCUUGAUUCGUACAAGAAGGCGCAUCCUGAUGUUCCCAUCAUUAUUGAUGUGGACACUGAUGCCACUGAAGGUGCGCUUUGCGGCCCCUUCGACGAGGCGGUAAUGGAGGGUCUCCAGCACGAUAAGGCUACCGGCAGCAAGGGCUGGGCCGAUCUCCAGAACCAGACCGUUGCCAACGAGGACGACAUGAUCGCCAUCCCCUUCACCUCUGGCACUACCUCCAAGCCCAAGGGCUGCGUCUACACCCACCGCGGUGCUUACCUUGCUACGCUCGCCAACGUCAUCGAGGCCGGACUCAACGUUGCUGAUGGCCGUAGCAAGUACCUCUGGACGCUUCCCAUGUUCCACGCCGUAGGCUGGACUUUCCCUUGGGCCGUCUGCGCCGUGCGUGGCACCCAUGUGUGCCUGCGCAAGAUUGACUACCCCUUGAUCUGGAAGCUGCUGAAGGAAGAAGGCGUGACGCACUUCUGCGCUGCACCCACUGUCAACACCCUUCUCUGCGCUGCCAAGGAGGCCGAGGUUCUUCCCAAGCCCGUCCGCGUCACUGUCGCCGCUUCGCCCCCGACCCCCCAUCUGUUCGAGCAGAUGACCAGCCUCAACCUCUUCCCUGUGCACGUGUACGGCCUUACCGAGACCUAUGGACCUAUCACGAGGGGUUAUAUCCUUCCUUCGUGGGAUAACCUUCCUCCUCAUGAGAAGUACGCCAAGAUGGCCCGGCAAGGUCAUGGCUUUAUUACCAGCUUGCCAGUUCGAAUUAUCAAGCCUGAUCAGCCCGAGGGAGUGUUGAUCGACGUGGAGAAGAACGGCAAGGAGGUUGGCGAGAUCUGCUUCAUGGGUAACAUCUGCUGCAAGGGCUACUACAAGGACCCCGAGGCUACGAGGAAGCUGUUUGCCGGUGGCGCGCUGCACACGGGUGAUUUGGCUGUCUGGGCUCCUGAUGGAAGCAUCCAUAUUCAGGAUCGUGCCAAGGACAUUAUCAUCUCUGGCGGUGAGAACAUCUCCUCUGUAGCUCUCGAGUCCAUGCUUGCCGAGCACCCCGACAUUCUCGAGGCCGGCGUCGUCGCCGUUCCCGACUCCCACUGGGGCGAGCGGCCCAAGGCCUACAUCACCCUCAAGGAAGGUCGCGAGACCAGCCUGACUGGCCAGGACGUCAUCGACUGGGCCAAGCACAACAGCAGCAUCAGCAAGUUCAUGGUGCCGAGGGAGGUCGAGAUCGUCAAGGAGUUGCCUAAGACCAGCACGGGCAAGAUCAAGAAGAACGAGCUUCGGGUGUGGGCUAAGAGCGGAUGCGUUCCUAACAACUAA